ACCUGCAGUAGUGUUAUCACUUAUCUCCCGCAAUAUUGUAGAUGAAUUUAUAAUGAGAUCGUGAAAGUUGAAUACUUUAUAUUUUAGUUCAUUUUUGAAAUAAAUUGUUUAAACACUAUUAUUUCAGUAUUUAAUAUUUUUAUCUUCUGUCCAUUAAAUUCGGUGAUCGGAAGUCUGUCAGCAACAAACUGAAUCCUAACAAUUAGCGGAUAGGCGUGUUAUUUUACCGCCAUGUUUUGCAGAGUUCUUUCGAAAACUGAUGUGUCGUGAUGUGUUAAGUUUUUUACUUAUGUAUACAAAAUGGAUGUCAAUAAAGAAUUUGAUGACUUUCUGUCAAGCAUGAAGAAUUUCAACAUAAAUGUUGCAUCAGAAUUUUUAUCAAGUAUUAACUACGAUAUAAAACAUGCUGGGGACAUAAUAGAGCAACUUGGAAAGGGAUUAACAAAUGAACAUUUUAAAAGUAGACCUGAAUACUUCAAAUUUUGCGAAGAACAGUUACUUAAAUUGGCAAAUAAUGAAGAAUAUCAAGAGCUAAUUUUUGAUUUUUUGGAUAUAAUUGACAUGGAUGAUUGUAAACUAUCAUCAUCAGUUUUAAUUGUAGUAACUGUUUUGGAGAAUACCGAUAAUCCAAAUCAAGCAUCUUUAGAAUAUUUGUUGAUGGGUACUUUUAAUCGUUUAUUUGAAAUGGACAACACAAAUUUAAAGGACAUUUUGCCAUCCAUAAUACAACUUUUAAUAAAAUUAAAAAAACAUUUUAUACUACAACAAUCAAUAUUAUAUUAUUUUGCCAGAGUUGCUUACUUAGUGUUGAAUGCUAACAUUGAACCAGUUGAGUAUCUAAACUUGUUGUCUAACAUAAUUUAUGAUCCUUUUUAUUUACUGGAGUAUGAAUUUGAUGAACUUGAAGAAAAAAAAGAACUAUUGUACAUUGCUUCAUUCUUUUAUCUAUACUAUACAACUGGAAUGCAAUGGGGACCAAAAAUCUACAAUCGGUUUUACAUCUUAGACAAAUGUUGUAAUUUAGCCAUGUCUGUGUAUGAAGACAACAAUUUUGGAAAAUCUUUUGCAAAAUUAAUUUUAACAAAAUUUAAAAAUAAUGAAAUUCCAUUACAUUCGUUGAAUAAAUGCCAUGAAAAUUUUUUAUUAGAAGCUGCACACUGUUCCAUGUAUAAUGAAAUUCUGAAAGUUAGGAAGGAAUCAAUUGAUUCAUUGAUGAUAUUCUUUGAUAAAUUAUGCAAUGAUGCCCAGUAUGUAGUUCUUAAAUAUGCAUUUUCAAAACCAUUGGAGUCUUGUAUUAAAGAUCAAUUUAUUGUUAAAAUGAAAAAUCUGAUUAUGUUAAAUUUAAACUCAAAUCAUGAUCUUGGAUAUUUUCAAGGAAUAAGACUUUUAGAAAUCAUUCAAUUAUGUUGUAAUAUAUCCGUUAAACCUGGAUUCGAUCUUCCAAACAAUAAAGAACAUAUUUUGGGCGCUAUAUCACUUUUGUAUUUUUUAUCAGGCAAUGACAUUGAAAAGUUAAAUAUGGGCGAAGAAUUUUCAAAUGUAACUAAACAAUUUGUAGACAUCAUUCAAAAUGCCAUUGAUUAUUCACAUGAGCAGCACAACUUGGAACUAAAAAAAUUAAAUGAUAAUGGUUCUAGAGUAAAAAGUGAAGCAGAAAUAAUAGAAGAUAAUUUUAUUUCAAAAUUGUCAAACAAUGAAAAGCGGGAUAUAUUAUCACUCAUGAACACUACCAUAAUAUUAGUCCAGACGAAUUUGGAUAUGUUGAAAAGCAUCAUCAAAAAAUAAAGAUAUUCCGUGUAAAACAUUUA